AUGGAAAUCAAAGUGAAUUCUCUGGUACCCGUCACCGAAACCACACCACCACCAACUUUCCUAUCCACGUCGACACAAACCACUCAGCCACCUAACUGCCCAUUUAUCUCAUCCAGUUUUCCUGAUAUUAUUGCAGUGUCCAUUGAAGUCAUCUUCUUUGAAGCACCACCGCCUUGGCAUAGAGCAACGCCAGGUUUGAAACAACACAUGCAAGCUCUUGCAAAAAAGAAGCAGUUUCAAUGCGAAAUCUGCUUACGCCGAUUUCGAUUCGAAACUAAUCUUCAUGAGCACAAAUCAGUGCACAAGGACAAAGUGUUUGAAUGUCUAUUCCCAAAAUGCACACAAACAUGCCGCUUGAAGGGCAACCUCAAAAAACACAUGAGAGUUCACUACAACAGUGUUGAGGGAUGGGAUGAAGAAUACAAGAAGUUCACUUCGUCUCUGAAAAAACCGAAGAAACAGCAGAAAAGAAACGGAUCCACCAAUGGUGAGUUACAUUAA